AUGGCGCCCUCCAACCUCCCCGCCUGCAUGAACGCGACCAGCCAGGACAUCGAGAUGCUCCUGGCCGCCCAGGCCCACCUCGGUUCCAAGAACUUGCAGGUGCACAUGGAGCCCUACCUCUGGAAGACCAGGGCCGACGGUGUCAACGUUAUCAACAUUGGCAAGACCUGGGAGAAGAUUGUCCUUGCUGCCCGCAUCAUCGCCGCCAUUGACAACCCGGCCGACAUCUGUGUCAUCUCUGCCCGUCCCUACGGUCAGCGUGCCGUCCUCAAGUUCGCCGCCCACACUGGCGCUGUCGCCAUUGCCGGUCGCUUCACCCCCGGUUCCUUCACCAACUACAUCACCCGUUCGUUCAAGGAGCCCCGCCUGAUCAUCGUCACCGACCCUCGCACCGACGCCCAGGCCAUCAAGGAGGCUUCCUACGUCAACAUCCCCGUCAUUGCCCUCUGCGACACUGACUCCCCCACCGAGUUCGUCGACGUUGCCAUCCCCACCAACAACAAGGGUCGUAACGCCAUCGGUGCCGUCUGGUGGAUGCUUGCCCGUGAGGUCCUCCGCAUCCGUGGCACCAUUGCCAGCCGUGAGGUUCCCUGGGACGUCAUGGUCGAUCUCUACUUCUACCGUGACCCUGAGGCCGAGGCCGAGGAGAAGGUUGAGGAGGAGAAGGUCCCCGGUGCUGACGAGGUCGGCCCCGCCGCCAUCGAGUCCGGCUUCGCUGGUGCCCCUGGUGGUGACUGGGAGGCUGCCGCCCCUGGCUUCGCUGGCGCCCAGCCCGGCAACUGGGACGGCCAGGCCACCGAUGAGUGGGCUGGCGCUGCCGGUGCUGCUGCUACUGGCGCUCCUGCUCCUACUGCCGAGUGGGGUGCUGCUGAUGCCAAGGAGAGCCAGUGGUAG